CAUCACAAAAACCUAUCCAAACCACUAUACUCUUGUUACUGGGUUAUAUGCAGAGAACCAUGGAAUUGUAGCAAAUGAAAUGUAUGAUCAGGACUUAAAUAAAACCUUUUCUAUGGAUGGAAUGGACAUAUUUGAUCCAGUCUGGUGGGAUGAGGCCUAUCCACUUUGGGUUACAAACCAGAUUCAAGGCCAUAAGAGUGGGGCUGUAAUGUGGCCUGGUACUGAUGUUCAAAUACACGGGAUGUACCCAACUCACUACAUGAUCUAUAAUAUCUCUGUUCCUUUUGAGGAUCGAGUGACUCAGUUGAUUGACUGGUUCAGAGGAAAAGAACCUGUUAAUUUUGGCCUGUUGUACUGGGAAGAACCUGAUCAGACAGGCCAUGAGUUUGGGACUGACAACCCUUUCAUGGAUAAAGUCAUUGCAGAUAUUGAUCUAAAGCUUGGCUACCUUGUAGAACAACUUCAGAAAGCUGGACUCUGGAACACGAUAAACUUAAUAGUCACAAGUGACCAUGGGAUGACUCCGUGCUCUAGAGACAGGAUCAUUGAAUUAGAUCUAUACAUUGAUCGUGAUCUGUACACAUGGAUUGAUUUUACACCAGUUUCUGCUAUAUUGCCCAAAGAAGGUAAAUAUAAUGAGAUAUAUAAUGCUUUAGUGAAUGCUCACUCCAAUAUGACUGUAUACAAGAAGGAGGAUAUUCCAGAUCGCUUUCGGUACAAGCACAAUAAGAGAAUCCAACCAAUAAUAGUUGUGGCAGAUGAAGGGUGGACAAUCAAUCAGAAUAAGACAACUGGAAAAUUUAAUUUGGGUGAUCAUGGAUAUGAUAACACCAUAAACAGUAUGCAACCAUUACUGAUCGCCCAUGGUCCUGCUUUCAAGAAGAACUUUACCAAGGAAAUCAUGGAUAUUGUUGACGUUUACCCAUUAAUCUGCCACAUUUUGGGAAUUGUCCCCAUGUCCAAUAAUGGCACCUUAAACAAUGUUCAAGAAUUAUUAGUUGAUGGAAAAAUGAUCGCAACUGGAAGUUCAGUUGUGGAUAUUGUAACCCAGGGUGAAAUAAACACAAGGGGUUCAUAUGCUUGGCUCGGAAUUCUCCUUGGAAGUGUACUGGUUGUUUGUUUUCUUAUAGUAUUUGUACAGCAGGUUACAAAAAGCCAGAUGUCUGGAUUGAAUAUUCACCAAGGUGAAAUGUCUCAACCCUUGCUGCCAAGAUGAAUUUGAGUGUAUUGAACCUUUCUUGGAUAUGGAACUUAAAGUUUCUAUAUAUCUUCUGUCAAUUGUCAUUUAUCAUCUCAAAAUGGUAUUAACUAUCUGAGAGACUGUAGUCAUACAAUAUGUGAAAUUAGGGUUAUAGUUUUGCAGAUUCGGAAAAUGUGUCUGUAAGUAUGCCCUGUAGCAGCUUGGGAUGGUAACAGUACUCAAGUGGGUCAGAUCUACUAGUGAGUAUAGAAAGUAAUGCCAUAGAGAAACUUUAUUGAGUGAUGACUACAUGAUUAAUGUUAAAAGAAUUUGGUUAAGAAAUAUUUACUCAAAUACCUUAUUAUAAUUAAAAACAUCACAUAACACCCAUUCUAGCAACUGACACCUGUUGUAAGUCACGAUCUAAGACAUUACAGGUAGAAUUUUGUGGUUCACAUUGUUAGGAUGGAGAGAGGGAAGAUUGGGGUAAAAGCAAGUGGUAAAAUUCCCAAGGUGGUCCUCCUGCUACCCCUCCUGCCUCUCCCAACUUAGCUGCAAUUUUAUGAGGGUCAGAUGUGGCCAAUUAUUUGUCACUUAAAGACCGCCCUGUUCACCCUAAAUCUCAAAUUUGAUGCUGUUUUGAGUUGUACAGCGAGAACCCUAGCAGGUCACUACAUUUAGGCCUCAGAUGUGAAAAGAGUGAGGUCCUCUCUGAAGGACCCCCUUUCCAUCAGGUGCCCACCCCCAGAGACUGUCAAAUAAGUGGGAUUGUGUUAGGUCCUGCCUCUACUUAACUAAUGUCACUUAGUGUUAAGUGACUGUGAGACCACCAAAUGUCCCACCAAUGUGUUUCGUAGCAAGGCAGGAAACUUUGUUCUUGUAAAAAUCUUGCUCUAUAUCUUAGGCAGCAAUGUUUAUAUCCCUAGAUCUUGUAAUGGGGCUAACUGGAAUGUCCUUCCUAUUUCAAGCUAAACUGACCUCCUGGAUAUCUUACCCAAACAUUGGUUUUAUUGUAAAAGUACAUGUUUAAAAACUAUAGCUGAAUAAUGCAAGGACUGGGGAAGAAAAAGGGAAUAUCAAACUUCAAUGAAGAUGUGUUACUUUAUAAUUAAACAUUGGAAAAUUAUUUGGUGACCUGUCUCCUCCACAUGGAACUUAAACUAACAAAAUGAUUAUUACAAGCUGUAUUUUUCUAUUGAAGCUUCACAUAAACCAUGAUUUUCUAGAAUUAAUUCCUUCAUCACUGUUCUGUUAGUGAUUUAGA